GAGCAACUGUCUGUCCAAGCACCACACCGACCAUCAACUACUGGUACCAUCUUCCUGGUCUGCCAGACAACUCCAUACAUUACCGCUUACCCUCAUCCGUUCUGGAAGCUUCCUUCUAGAGGAGGAAUUGAUGUAGGUGAACCUGUAUAGAUUCCCAGAGUCUUUGGUAGGCGCUAAUUGAAUGACUUUAGCAGCGACCGACCCCGCGAUCACAGCACACGACAAGAAAAUUUCUGAAACCAACAGACAUUGACCUCAACAACAUCGUAAUCUUUCGUGUCUUUCCAUACAUAAAACCUCUCCACGAUCGUAUUCAGCGAAUUCAGCCUUUAUACCUUUCUUAUACCUUUCUCCAAAUGAAUAGUCUUUGAAUCUCCGCAACGUCUUUGCAGAUUGUCACGCUGAAUACCAGACGUGGCAUUGCAAACUUUUUCCACCUUUCCCUCACUUACUCUAUGAGUACUCGAGAUCUCCUGCGAUUCCUAUCCAAGCCAGCAAAGUUAGUUCAGUUCCAUUCACCCGAGAAUUCUUCUUGGCAGGUACUUCACUGUUUUUCAAGACUACCCCUUAAGGAAACCUUUGGCUCUUAUAAAGAUACAAGCAUUGAAUAGCUUCGCUCGACAAACACUCUACUUCCAAACCUCAAGAAUUGUGACAAUCACAAUUGCUAACAUAUCAUCUCCCAGGCCUCGAUAGCACCAGCCACGCCCCUCCUUUGAGAACGAUAAAUCCAACUCAUCGCGGAUAAUUCUCGUCUGCUAGACCCGAUAUCCACUUAAGGUAUCGGCAUCUACAGAGCGAGAACGACAAAAAUAUUCAACAUUCCUUCUCAAAAGGACUUUUUCAUCCCCUUCUGUACCCGACCUCCAUAACGUCCCAAAGACGUUCCUACACUCCAUAAAUUUAGCUGGCUCCGCCAGCAUAUUUUCGUAUCCCACGGUUCUGUGGGCCUUCUCUUCUCAGACGGACACGGCAAGGUUCGUCUGGGUGGCAGAUAGUGCUUCACCGUACUUGCCAGCCAAGAUCUCUUUGAUAUUUUUGGAAGAAACCUUAUCUGGGGACCCAUAAAUCAGAGAUAAAAUCAACCGCAUCUUCAAACGAUUAGUUAUGGCUGACCUCAAUGUCCCUACCGAGACUACCUUCUCGCCUUCUGAAGGCACUCCUCAUUUGACCAUCAAUCGCCAGGCCACAAUUGACCUUGAUAGUAGCAAUGCAUUUGAAGGUAGGUUUGUACAAAACUGAUAACAUGAUCAAAAGACUGACAAAAAAAUAGGUCCGGAGAAAUUGCUAGAGGUCUGGUUUACUGCAGCACCAGAACUUCUUCCUCCCGGAGCAAAGAAGAAUGGAUUAAAAGCCGUUUCCUCGGAGACAUGGAAGGGAAUGUUGGACUUGGUCAAUUGCAAGGUCCUUUCGGUUGUGGAGUCUGAUCAUGUCGACGCUUACUUGCUUUCCGAAUCGAGCAUGUUUGUCUUCCCACACAAGCUCAUUCUUAAGACUUGUGGUACAACAACUCUACUACUUGGUCUCCGACGUAUGUUGCGUAUCGCUGCCGUCGAAGCUGGAUUCCCUGCUCCUGUUGAUGAACCUCUUGACAAAGUCACCACUGCAGCUACCCCUUACCGAGUGUUUUACAGCCGCAAGAACUUUUUGUUUCCGGACAAACAACAUGGCCCUCACCGAAGCUGGAAGACCGAAGUUUCGUUUCUCGAUGAGAUGUUCACAGGUGGCAGUGCAUAUAUGGUGGGCAAGAUGAAUGGUGAUCAUUGGUAUCUCUAUUUGACUACACCAAACUCCUGCCUUACGCCUCCAUUAACCCCCGAUCGCACAAGUCCAACUGAAACUAAAGUCCUCACCCUUCCGAAUAGCGAAGCAUAUGCUAUUGGACAAGGUUCACUCUCCAAUGAUGAUGAAACUUUGGAAAUUCUGAUGACGGAUCUUGAGCAGGAGAAUGCUAAACAAUUCUACCUUGAACACGCUAGUGCGGUCGCGGAGGGUAAAUACGCCGUCAGAGCAAAGGAAGCAAGAAAAGAAGCAUCAGAAAGUCUAGGUGACUUGAGCGGAACGGGAAUGGCAGCCUCAAACCUGAAUGGAACCACAGCGGGAAACUCGGAUGACACAAUCGACGUCUUUGAUAACACCCCCUCAGAUGAAAUACCGACACAAGAAAAAGCCGUUGAAAUUCCAGAGGAGCUCAGUGCCGAAGGUCACGCCCUGGGCACUGUUGUCUCAGAAGCUUGCGGUCUCUCAGAUGUAUAUCCUACUUCUCGCUAUCCUGACGCCAAAGUCGACGCCUAUCUCUUCACACCCUGCGGCUUCUCCGCUAAUGGAGUCAUCCCCUCCCCCGACAAGGCAGGUUCAGCAGCAGCAACGCACUACUUCACCGUCCAUGUAACGCCUGAACCGCAAUGCUCAUACGCAUCCUUCGAAACGAACGUCCCAGGACGCCAAUCUGGUCGCGACACGGUCGAGAUUAUUGAACAUGUUGUUAAUAUCUUUAAGCCUGGACGAUUCAGCGUUACGCUUUUUGAGGCGAAGGCUGAGACACCGGCCGAGGUCAAGGAGGUAAAGGACGAAGAGGGGAAAGUUGAUCAUGGCGUGAUUAGAAGCAAGAAGAUGGAGAGGAUUAAGGGAUAUCGAAGAGUUGAUCGGAUUGUUCAUGAUUUUGAUGGAUAUGAUCUGGUUUUCCGAUACUAUGAACGGGAUGAUUGGGUUGCGGGGGGUGCACCGAGGUUGGGUGAGAUUGAUACUUAGGUUGUGAGCAAUAGGGUCGAUAUGACAUGAUUUGAGGGUAUAGUGAGAAAGUUGUGAGGGUAUAUGGGACGAAUCUCUUUGAGCGUUUGCUGAUUGAUGAUUUUCUUGAGAUUGCUUCUUUUUACUCGGGGAGGGAUAUCUGGACGAUCUUUUGCUUGUCUACUAGUCUAGUCCUGAUCUCAGUUUGGGAUUUUCUUUCCUAGGUAGGGAAGGAGUGGACUUUGUAGAAAAGUCGCUUUGCUUGACCUUUAUGAUGGCGAUUGCAGCUCUUGAGUACUUGAUAGGUGGUGAAAAAUUGAAAACUCUUCUUUUCUUG